AUGAUUACUGAACGUUUGUCUCCAUCUCAUAAAUGGAUGAGCAUCAAAACAAAAUACUUUAAGAGUGAACAUGAGAAUGUUGGCUGCAACUUUUUUUCUCCAUUGGGAUUCGAUCGUGACAUUUUGGGAUUGUCUAGUAUGAACUCUCUGACUUGGUUGAGAUUGAACAAUGGGGACUACAGUGGUGGGAGUUUGGGCUUGCACAGUUGGGACUGUAGUUGUGGGAGUUUGGGAUUGGACAGUUGUGGCACUUUGGGAUUGUACAGUGAUGGAAGUUUGGACUGUCUUGGUGCAGAAGGACAUGAUGACUUGUCAUGUCCAGAAAGACCACAUGCUGAGCAUUUUUUUGGCAAACCCUUUUUGGAAAAAUUUGAUAUAUCUUUCCUCUUUUCAUCAGCAUCUUUGUUUCUUCUUUUUUUUGCCUCUCGGGUGCCCUUCUAG